GGUUCUCCCAUCACUCAGGCGGUGUGUGCGCGCGUGCGCGCGCGCUGCCGGGGAGCAAACCAGUUGAAGUGAGCUGUGACUGGCGUGCGCGCGCACUAAUUGGCCGAGGGCGGGAGCGCGCGCGCACUGAGCGUUCUUUUAUCCUUCUGUUCCCAAAAGACGCGGCGCGCGCUUCAACGCCAGGUACAACACUCAGGAACGGCAGCCCGAGAGUAAGUCGCUGACUUCCAGGAGUUUACUCCACCUUAAUCACGGCCUGCAGUGCACCUCCACAGACCACCAUGAGUUACUAUAUGGAUCCAGUUUCUUCCUACCAGCUUCAUCAUCCAACUGACCAUCUGGGUGUGAUGAGACAGACUGGUGGGAUGGUGGUGUCUAUGGUAACGCCGAGUCAAUUCCCUGGGGUAUACCACCCCCAGCAUGCACCCCCUGCCAGGGCUGCAUAUGCCCAUGACAUCACACUGCAGGAAGUACCCAAUGGCCCAGAGUUUGGCCCCAAUGAUCUGGAAUGUGGGGAUGUUCCCCUACUGACUCCAGGGAGCAAAGACUUGAUGUCGCAGGCUCUGAAAGCCACCUUCAGCGGUUUCACCAAGGAGCAGCAGAGACUCGGCAUCCCUAAAGACCCCCGGCAGUGGACAGAAUGUCACGUGAGAGAAUGGCUGUUGUGGACAGUGAACGAGUUCAGCCUGAAGAACGUGGACUUCCUCAAGUUCUGCAUGAAUGGAGCCAGUCUUUGCGCACUGGGCAAGGAUCGCUUUCUCGACCUGGCACCUGACUUUGUAGGGGACAUCCUGUGGGAGCAUUUAGAGAUGCUGCAAAAAGAGGAUCCAAAGCAUUUCCCUGUCAACGGCAUAAGCUCAGGUUUCCAGGAAUCUCGCUAUACCUCAGACUACUUUGUCAGUUACGGCAUUGAACACGCUCAAUGUGUUCCGCCUUCGGAGUACUCAGAGCCGGGUUUCAUCACAGAGUCCUACCAGACCCUUCAUCCGAUCAGCUCAGAAGACCUGCUGUCACUUAAAUACGAGAACGAAUACAACAACGUCAUUCUGCGUGACACGCCACUCAACCCACUUCAGGGCGACUACUUCCCCAUCAAACAGGAAGUGUCACCUGACAACAUGUGCGUGGGUCGGAUCAGCAGAGGUAAACUAGGAGGCCAGGACUCGUUCGAGAGCACUGAGAGCUUCGAGAGCUGCGACCGUCUGACGCAGUCAUGGAGCAGUCAGUCAUCGUUCAACAGUCUCCAGCGUGUCCCCUCCUAUGACAGCUUUGAAUCAGACGACUAUCCUGCAGCCCUGCAUGGCCACAAGCCCAAAGGCACGUUUAAAGACUAUGUCCGCGAGCGCUCUGAUCUCAGCAAAGACAAGCCGGUCAUUCCAGCUGCUGCCCUCGCCGGCUACACGGGUAGUGGACCCAUUCAGCUGUGGCAGUUUUUACUGGAGCUCCUUACAGACAAGUCCUGCCAGUCGUUCAUCAGCUGGACAGGAGACGGCUGGGAGUUCAAACUCUCUGACCCCGACGAGGUGGCACGGAGAUGGGGCAAGAGAAAGAACAAGCCCAAGAUGAAUUAUGAAAAGCUGAGCCGUGGUCUGCGCUACUACUAUGACAAGAACAUCAUCCACAAGACAUCAGGCAAGCGCUAUGUCUACCGUUUUGUGUGUGACUUAAAGAGCCUUCUGGGAUACACACCUGAAGAGCUGCACGCCAUGCUGGACGUCAAACCCGACACGGACGAGUGAAGGACCAGUCUGGGAGUACUGGGGCCGAGUGACUUUCCUCCCUUUUCCUCAGAACACUGGGUGUUUAUUUUGGGUCCAACCAAGUCCUGUCUUCAUACUUAGUCAUAGUUCCAGUCUUUGUUUUGAGCUCAUGACUGCAGCUAUCACAAAAGGACCCAUUCCAAACCUUACCAAAGUUCAUAGUCUGUAGCGUGUAUCAUAAUUCAGCUCUGAAUAGAAAGCGGUGAAUUUCCAGCAGAGCCACCAUUUUGACCCAGCAGCACCUAAAAACAGACUGCUAGAGAGGGGUGGGACGAGGAAAGAACGAAGGAUUCGUUCCUAAAGUGGACAUUCUAUGGAUGGGAAGUUCUAUAAAUAUGUUGCCAAAGUUACAGAAAUAUGGAACUUUACAGAAAUUCAUAAAUAUUUACGAUUAAGUUACUGUUGCUGUCUCGGAGUCCUCAAAUGGACCACGGAAAAAAAAAAUGAUUAUAGUAUUUUAUUUUUUUCUCUGAUAUGUUUGUGCCAGUAUUACUUUUUUUUUUAUUUGUACAUGAAGGAUUGAUAAUGCCAAAAUGUUUUUUCCCCAUGUGUUUAGAGUUAAAGACUCUUCACAUACUGUACAUGUUGCAUAACUGAAAACUCAGCAGGUGAGAUCAGAGACUGCUGUUUUACUCAUGCAGUUCAGUUAAAAGAAAAGCCUCUCACUCAAACCGAGAACGGGUGACAGACGCGACCGAAAGUAGCCGUUUUUCUGCUCGAGGGCGGCAAGCUGUGAACACACCCGCCCUCGACUUAUGGGCAGGAGUGUUUCGCUUCUAAGCGAGCACAACUUAGGCAGCUGUUAAGCACGGCUCGUCUCAGAUCUCCUUUUUUUCUAAUCUCUAACGUUCAGACAAAGGACUUCAAGCAUCUCUUGCCUUAGGUUUAUAUCUGUGUUAUCACUUCUGUCACUCACCCUCAUGUCUUGUUUUGUCUAUGAGAGUACAUGUGAUGUAAACAUGUCUGUAACCUUGCUGCCUGUCAUCAGACUGAUUGAAGGGUUUGUAAGUGGAGCACAAUAGAAAUGUCAUUUAACUGAUCUAGUCCUCUUUUGUGAGUUGAUCGAUAGCCGGAAACAGGCUUCUUGAUGAGCUGGGACCAAAUUUAUAUGUUUUUGUGUGACUUGUUUUAGUUAGUGUGUCUGAGGACAAAUAGCUGAAUGUAAUCGAGAUCUUAGCCAUAAGCCUGAUGUAGGAGUUUUUGAUCACUGAAGUGAAGGUUGUGCGAUUGAUUUGAUUUGAGCAUGGGAUAGUAUUGGAUAAUGUUGGAUAGGCAUAAGAAAGUAGGGGUGUUACAGUUUCGGUAUGUUUUAAGAUCAGCAUGGAUGUUAUGUUUAAAAAAAAAAAAAGGCCAGUGAUGCUACUACACAUGUAGCUUCAGAUCUGGAUAGCAUUAGCACAGAACAAGGACUGACCAAUAACACAACUAAAAUACAAUCAAAUAUUAUUACCGACAGGUACUGAAUUGAUUUCAGUCACUACUAUAAGUAAGGAAUAAAUAACAACAAAGCAUUCUGUUAUUAAGAAAAUAAUGAAUUUCGGAUGGUGUGAUGUAACCAGAUGCAUUAUUUUUUUCCAAUAACUGCAUGUCCUGAAGUGGUUUAUUCCUCUACAGUGAUUUGCCAACAGUUGCAAGCUUUUUUUUAAAUUAAUUAAAGAGCAACACCUACUUUUUAUCCAUUUAUAGUUACAUUUAAUGUUGUGGAACAUCUGACACAAAUUAUUUCUGUUUUCAUUGAUGUUAUAGCAGCUAAAAUCAUUCCCUCACCAACCAACCAAGCACAAAGAUCCCUGACUUUAAGACUUCCCUGGCAGAAAAUCUGUCUGUUAUAAAGUGCUAACACUGGAGACUCCUUCCAUAAAUGUUAAAUAAUCUUCCCCAUAUCAUGUUUUACUCAUCAUCUUUUAAUAUGAAUAGUCUGAAAUGCAAGUCUCCUUGUGUAGAAACAACACUGUAUUCGAAUGGGUGGAUUGCUAUAAUCCUGGCAGCUGGACUUACUGUCAGAGCUGCUGUUAUAAAAUAUUAAUCAACACCUUCUGACCAGGCUGAAGCGAGAAUUCUUCAGCACUGUAGUAUGAUAUUUUUUUUAAGCCUGUUGCUAGCAGUGUGCCUCUGGUUCUUGUUACCUUUUCAGUCGUGGCUUGUGUUCCACAGAACACGUAGGCCUUGUGGGGGGAAAAAAUCGAAGAAGUUAAGACGACGUCUCAUCUACACAAUGUUAUUGUUUACAGUGGUAUGCUUACUGCCUGGAAGGGUUUCAUUUUAGAAUUGUCUAUUUGCACAGAUUGGUUCAAACCGUUUUAUGACAAGACCCAGAAUGAACAAAUAAGCCACUAUUAAAGCAGUAAUAACUCUGAAAUGCCUGUGAGGUCUCAGUGUUGAAGGAUUUAAUGCUCAUCCACACUGCUGAAGGACCAAACCCACAUUCCAGUCAUCUUUUUAUUAGUUUCAAAUGAAUUAAUUUGCUGAUGCUUUUACUAUGGAUUAAACUGGGUAGAAAAUAAAAGAUUACAUUACAGAGCUAAAUUAAAACACAUAUAUUGGAUUGAUGAUAUGUUCUAGGUCUAGAUGUUCUCUUUGAUCAUCUAUAUGGAAAAGGGGAUGGAGAUAUGGUCCAUAGACGUGGUUUUAGAUCAAGAGGUGUUACACGACAGUGUUGUGUUCUUACUUGUUUCCUUGACUCAUGCUUCAUAAUGUCAGAAAAUGUCACAUGGUAUUAUGUUUCUGUCUUUUUGUGCUUAAUGUAUUAAGACCAUUCGAUAUUGUCUUAAAUGUCAAUUAUAUUCUUUCUAAGAACAAAAAUGAUGGAACUGCGUAUCAAAAGCAACUAUUUUGAUUCACACAUGCAUAAAGUUUGUGAUGAGGGCAUAUCACAAAACCAUUAAUGAGGAUUUUUUUUCUUAAUUCAUUUGUUCUUUUUUGUACAAUUUACAGUGUUUCUGUAUUUUUUUGUUGAAUGAAAAUUUUUAAUGUAUUUAGUUCAUAAACAUUUUGAAUAUUUUUCAAUAAUUUAUAUUUUAUAAACUUUGAAAUAUGAGAUGCAGACAGCUGGUGCUUUCAUGAAAAAAAUGAGGUAGAGCAGGACCAAAUGUAGCGAUUUUUUUCUUUCUUUUUUUAAUACAGAAAAAGAAGUUGAUAUGAAAUUUAAAGACCUGUCUGCAUAUACAGUUAUAUAGAGAAAAGGCUGAUGCUGGCCCAUCAUUAAGUUCUGCCGGAGAGUUUUAUAAAUGGUAGCUUCUAUUUCUUAUUGUACUUCAAAUAAUUAUGUUAUAAAAUGUACAUGAAAAAUGACAGAA